CACAAAAAGAAAAAGAACCAAUCAGGUGGAACAGCCGUCAGCCGCGGCGAGCCACCUACCCAACCCACGUUCGCGGCCUCUCCGUCCACUAGGCCCCUCUUCCCCGUCUCCCCCGCGCCGCCGGGGCGACCAGGGCCAGGGGCGGCUUCUCCUCCACCCUCCCUCCGGUAGCUUUCUGCGCGGCGGGGCCCGCCCUCCAGCCGCCGGCCAUGCGCGCCCUUCGCUCCCGCUUCCUUCCGCUGCUAGCACGGCAUUGGCAGUGGCAGUGGCAGUGGGAGUGGGAGCUCCAGGGAGGCGUCGGCGUCGGCUGCUUACGUAGAGCGCCGCGCGGCUUGUGCGGGGAGGCGCGGGAGGGAGCGGCGGCGGCGGAGGAGGAGGAGGCGAAGAUGGAGAGCAUAAUGAAGGGGAUCCGGGGCGACAACGCGCCGUGCGUGCUAGACCUGGACGACUCGGCGACGGUGGGCGGCGGCGUCGGGGACACCUACGGCGAGGACUGCGCCACCGAGGAGCAGCUGGUCACGCCGUGGACCGUCUCCGUCGCGAGUGGUUACAAUUUGCUGAGGGAUCCUCGCUACAACAAGGGGCUUGCCUUCAACGAAAGGGAGCGCGAAACGCACUACCUCCGUGGGCUUCUGCCACCAGCAGUCGUAUCUCAGGAGCUCCAGGAGAGGAAGAUCAUGCAUAACAUCCGCCAAUACCAGCUGCCUCUGCAGAAAUACAUGGCUAUGAUGGACCUUCAGGAGGGGAAUGAGAGGCUUUUCUACAAGCUCCUUAUUGACAACGUUGAGGAGCUACUUCCUGUUGUUUACACUCCAACAGUUGGCGAGGCCUGCCAAAAGUACGGCUCCAUAUUUAGCCGUCCUCAGGGUCUUUAUAUCAGCUUGAAGGAGAAGGGAAAGAUCCUCGAGGUACUAAAAAACUGGCCAGAGAGGAGCAUUCAGGUUAUCGUUGUCACUGAUGGUGAGCGAAUUUUGGGGCUUGGAGAUCUUGGAUGCCAGGGAAUGGGUAUCCCUGUUGGUAAGCUUGCCCUUUACACUGCUCUAGGAGGAGUCCGGCCAUCUGCUUGCUUACCAAUCACAUUGGAUGUUGGAACAAAUAAUGAGGAGCUUCUGAAUGAUGAGUUCUACAUUGGCUUGAGACAAAAGAGGGCCACUGGACAGGAGUAUGCUGAUUUUCUGCAUGAAUUCAUGGCUGCUGUGAAGCAAAACUAUGGGGAGAAAGUACUCAUUCAGUUCGAGGAUUUUGCCAACCACAAUGCAUUUGAUCUCCUUGCAAGAUAUGGAACAACUCACCUUGUGUUCAAUGAUGAUAUUCAGGGAACGGCUUCUGUGGUCCUCUCUGGGCUUGUUGCGGCACUGAAAUUAGUUGGUGGUGCAUUGGCAGAUCACACUUAUCUGUUCUUGGGAGCUGGAGAGGCGGGGACAGGUAUUGCGGAACUUAUAGCACUUGAGAUAUCAAGACAGACCAAAGCCCCAAUUGAGGAAUGCCGCAAGAAAAUAUGGCUUGUUGAUUCAAAGGGCUUGAUUGUAAGUUCACGAAAGGAGACCCUUCAACACUUCAAGAAACCAUGGGCUCAUGAGCACAAACCUGUCAGCAACCUCUUAGAUGCUGUCAAUACUAUCAAACCAUCAGUGUUGAUUGGCACAUCUGGAAAGGGUCAAACAUUCACGAAGGAGGUUGUUGAAGCCAUUUCCUCAAUUAAUGAGAGGCCUGUCAUUCUUGCCUUGUCCAACCCAACAUCGCAGUCUGAAUGCACUGCUGAACAAGCAUACACGUGGAGCAAGGGCCGGGCAGUGUAUGCAAGCGGAAGUCCAUUUGAUCCAGUGGAGUAUGAUGGCAAGACAUACGUCCCAGGCCAGGCAAACAACGCUUAUAUCUUCCCGGGUUUUGGCCUUGGUGUGGUGAUGUCUGGUGCAAUCCGUGUUCAUGAUGACAUGCUUCUUGCAGCUUCGGAAGCACUGGCUCAGCAGGUCACACAAGAGAAUUUUGACAAGGGACUCAUUUAUCCUCCCUUCUCAAACAUCAGAAAGAUCUCUGCCCACAUUGCAGCCAACGUUGCAGCAAAGGCAUAUGAACUUGGUCUGGCAAGUAGGCGCCCUCGUCCAAAGGACCUGGUUAAGUAUGCAGAGAGCUGCAUGUACAGCCCAAUUUACCGCAACUACCGGUGAAUUCGGUCAUCCGGAUCUAUUCCAGUCAUGUAUACCUACGAACUGUUUACCGCAAAAUCUCUUUAAGAACACUACGUGUUCAGUACCCCAUGCUGUAUUUCAGAUAAGCCUACCGGAGUUUGUUCAAGCCCUUUUUUUCCCGUGUUGUUUCUGUCUGUUCUGUAAUACUACUUCCUUUGCGACGUGGUGUAAAGUGCCUUGUAGCCAGUUAAGCAUUUGUAUUCUCAUCGCAGAACGUUAUUUUCGUCCUAGGGAUCGAUGAUAAAUCUGGAAUAAAGUUUCUGAGACCUUUUACAAUAUUUACAUUUCUAAAA